AUGGAUGUCUUGGCUAGUUAUAGUAUAUUCCAGGAACUCCAGCUUGUCCACGACACCGGCUACUUCUCAGCUUUGCCAUCCUUGGAGGAAAACUGGCAGCAGACAUGCCUGGAGUUGGAGCGAUACCUUCAGACUGAACCACGGAAGAUCUCUGAGACCUUUGGUGAGGAUUUGGACUGCUUCCUUCAUGCCUCCUCAACCCCAGAUGCAGAGGACAGUAUCCGACGGCUGGACCCCAUCCUUUUACCAGUGGAGACGAGUACAUGUGACAAAAGCACCAACAUGGACAUUAUCCUCUCGCGGGACAAGCUGCUGUCUGAGACGUGCCUCAGCUUGCAAUCCACCAGCUCUUCCACAGAAGGCUACACAGCCGUCAAUCAGGCCCAACUCAAUGCAGUAACCUCAUUAACACCCCCUUCCUCUCCGGAGCUCAGCCGCCACCUUGUAAAAACCUCACAAACUCUCUCAGCGGUGGAUGGCACAGUGACAUUGAAAUUGGUGGCCAAGAAAACUUCACUCAGCUCCGUGAAAGUGGGUGUAGCAACAGCGACAGCGGGAACGAUAAAAAGCGGGCAAAGUGACAGUGAACAAGGAGGUACAGGGGCAGAAGCAUCCCCAGAAAACAAGAAGAGGGUUCAUCGCUGUCAAUUUAAUGGGUGCCGGAAGGUUUAUACAAAGAGCUCCCACUUAAAGGCUCACCAGAGGACUCAUACAGGUGAGAAGCCUUACAAGUGCUCGUGGGAAGGGUGCGAGUGGCGUUUUGCACGGAGCGACGAGCUCACGAGGCAUUACAGAAAGCACACGGGUGCAAAGCCCUUUAAAUGCAACCAUUGUGACAGGUGUUUUUCCAGGUCUGAUCACCUCGCCCUCCACAUGAAGAGACACAUCUAAAUAUCAGUCAACUUGGCAUGGAUGUCACCUGAGCUAAGUGUUGUGAGAUGAAAGUGGAACUCAAGUUGCAACGUGCUACCUUGCAGGAGAAGAGAACUUGAUCACGUGUAAUCCUCUGUACAGAGACCACACGCUCACACUGUCAUGCACCCAAUUAUACUUCAAUGCUUACAUCAGUUCUUUAUGCCUUGCCCCAGCUGGAUGGGAGAAGAUGCAGCCGAGGAAAUGGUAUAGAGUGAUCUUCAGAACUCCUUGUCUUCACCUGGAUAUUGGUCUGGGACUGGCCACACAGGCAUGACUACAGGAUUCCUUCCACAUCAUCUCUAUGCUGGCUUCAGUGGCAAGAUUUAGCAGUGUAAGAACUGUAGGAUCUGGCCUACCAGGUACUAAGAUCUGUCUCAUAAAGCUAAGACUUUCCUUCUCCCUUAGAGGAAGAAGUCCAAGACAUAAUCAUGCUAUAUAAGUUAUAUAUAUAAUGAUAUAGUUGUAUAUAUAAAUUAUAUACAUAAAAAUGUGGAGAUGGGGGGGUAGGCUGCCUUUAUCACCCCCCCAGAAUGGGUUUCCCUACCUGAAAACUUUCAAAUGCAGGCGUCAUUUUUCAAACAGGGUUUUAUAGUUUUCCUUAAUACUUGUUAAUGGCAUUUUGAGUGUAAUAAUUGAAGUUGGAACUCUUCACAAUUUUCAAAAUGAAAGCUUUGAUGAUUUUUUUUAAGUGCUUUGGUCCUAACUUCUGUAUACUGCCAGAAAACAGGUUCUCCACCCUUUCUGUGUGUGGGUGUAGAUGUACAACAGUGUACCAUAUAUACCUACACAGAA